CAGUACAACCCCCAAAGUGAUACGCGCAUCUGCUCCUGGGUACUCACCUCGUUGUCUCGUAAGGGAUCUAGAAAGCAACUCGGCAGAUUUAGUUAACAAGCGCCUGACCAAGAAAAGAAAACUGGAACUCGAAUGGGCGAAAUCAGUUUUUGAUUGUUGAUGGUCCGACAGCACGACUUGGGCAGGGAGGCACUCAAACACGGCAGGAGCAACCACCUGGAUGAGAAGGAGCAGAUGCACACAACUGGAACUGAUCUGAAGACCCGGCGCGAUAUCGACGACAGUUGUUACCAGUAAAAAGCGGAGGUGUUUGGUCAACAUGGCAGAUCUCCUCUAUGAAUUGCUCUCACCGCCGGGGCCAUCGUCGUCUCGGGCGGCACCAGAGCCGAGCGCACUCGAGUAUCUCGCAAAACUAGCCUCGCAGCCGCUGUCGUCGCUCGAGUCAGCUGAACCGCAGGCACUGGCGCAGUCCUCUCAUGGACUCCUACUUUCCCUCCAAGCUCUAUCAAAAAAGUCACACAAGCAGAUCAUUGAGUCUGCAACUCAUCAUGCAACGCUGCGAGCGACACUACCUGCGCUGGCAGCUAGCACUGCCGAACUGCGCAACUCGAUUCCUAAGCUCGACAGCGAGGCAGUGCGCUUCUCAAGCACAUUUAGCAAGAGCAGCGACAGCGAAGUGCUGGAACAACGCAAGAAGGCGCUACUCCUAUCACGCAACGUUGAGCGGCUGGUCGACGUGCUCGAGCUGCCAACAUUGCUGUCCUCGGUCAUCUCCACUGCGCCUGUCAACUACUCGUCCGCCCUGGACCUCAACGGGCAUAUCCGCCGGCUGCACUCUAUCUACCCUAAGUCGCCGCUCGUCGCCUCAAUAUCGGCCCAAGCAGACGAAUCCAUGCGCACGAUGGCUGCAAACCUCAUCCUGUCCCUCAAAGCACCCGGCCUCAAGCUGGCCGCAUCACUCCGGACAAUUAGCUGGUUGCGGCGAGUGCUUCCAGACCUCGAGGCAGCGUCAACGGCGGCGGCAGCGGCAGCAGCAGCAGCUCCCACCACUACUUCCAGCAGUGCUGGCAAGGCGCACGGCUCCCAGGAACGACUCCUCGGCGCGCUCUUCCUCGUCUGCCGCCUUGCAACGCUCAUGACGAUGAUCGAGGCCCUCGAACCGCUCCAGGAACUCGCCGACCAAGAAAAGGCGCGGCAAAAGGCCAUCGGCAGCGGCAACGCCUGGUCGGGCGGGCAGCAGACGGAGCGAUACCUCAAGCGCUAUAUCGAGAUCUUCCGCGAGCAGAGUUUCUCCAUCGUGUCCAUGUUCCGGAGCAUCUUCCCCGACGUAACGGCAGCGGCCAGCGAUGGGCCUGCCUCUCCACGGCCGCAGGACGGUGAUCCGUUGGAACCGAUACCCUCUGCGCUGGCGACCUUCCCGCUCUACCUGGUGGACAUGCUGCUUGAAACGCUCCGGACAUACCUUCCCACGGUGAAAGACCAAGCGGCAAGGGACAGUCUGCUCACCCAGGUGCUGUACUGUGCUGGGAGUCUUGGCCGGCUAGGGGGCGAUUUUGGACUGUUUCUUGCUACGCUGGAUGUUGGCCCAGAGGUGGAAGAGGAGUGGGUUGAGGUGGUCAAGAGACACCGGGCUUUGGCUGGGCGGCUGGAGUCAAUUGUAGGAGAGCAAAAGAAGGGGAGUUGAUAUACGGCACUGUGCGAUUAGUGGGUUGACCUGCACCGAGCCAUCAAUCCCCUUUUUACAACCUCCGCUAUGGCAGUCAGCGGACUACAUGUGAGUCGAACUAUUGUGACUCUGCACCAGAUGAACGAUCUCGUCUGUGCCGUCUCGU